AUGUAUACACACCACAAAGAAUUUGAUAAACACAUCCCUGUAGACAUUAAAUUCUUUCAUACAUUAAUUAUCCUCCAUGGAAGUUUCAGAAUCACUAUCUAUUGAGAGCUUCUCCUACAGUUGGUUAGUGAACCUAAAACCAUCUUUUGAAAGCCCAAAAGGGUCUUUUAGAUUCUCUUUUGAUGAAUCUAACUUCAUAGAAAUGGACCCUAAGCUUUCUGCUUCUAAAAGAUUUCUUGUUUUUCAUCAAGAUUUCGACUUUGAUCUGCCAACAUUGCAGCCUUCAGUUCAUGCUGAUGAACUCAUCUCUAAUGGGUUCCUGGUUCCUCUCUUUCUGAAGCCGUUGGAUGUUGGUUCUAAUUCGACUCCAGCUUCACCAGUGUCGUCGUCAGCCGUCCAAGAAAACGUCUGUUCUUAUCGCAGAAGCCGUUCUUUAUCCUUUAGAAGGUACAAAAGAUUACCUAAAAGAGUCGUUCAGAAGUAUUUGAAUUUGGUUCGGUUGAUUUGGCUCAGAAUGAGAAGAGGAAGGUGUGAUUCUAGUGACCUACAGAGAACCAAAAACUGGGAAUUUUCAGGCACAGGAAAGACCACGUUUUCUAGUGAAUCGUAUCCUGUCGAUAAUUGGCGAAGAUCGUGCGACUCGGAAACGACCAAGAUUUGGGGAUUUGCGGGCCCAUCGUCUCCCAGAACAAAUGAAGCAUACAGUUCUGAUAACUGGCCACAAUCCUGCGAAGUCUAUGCUGCAGAUAAUUGGCGAAGAUCCUGCGAUUCUGAGAAUUCGAUUUAUGAAGCUGUUCUUCACUGCAAGAAAACCAUUGGCUGCAAAUGAGGAAGAAGACAUAAAAUGCCAAGAUGGUACAACUUGUAGAAAAAAUUAAACCCAUAAUUGGUUCUAUAAGCUUUUACAUUUAGACAUGUAAACUAUUAGCAAUCCUUGAGGUGAAGAUGUAAAUUACCAUUCGUCCAAAUUAUACGUUAAGAGGUGCUUUUUUUAUUAUUCAAAAUGCACGUCUUAAAACAUAAUUUGAUGACUGUUUUGCAAAUUGUAUGAUAUAAGCCGUUUCUUUGGUCAUCAGAGAAGGUCGAGCUCGGAGGCGUUGUUGAUUCUACUGUCAUGUUAACUAUACAACGAUUCUAUGUGUUGGAUUUC